UUGUCAUGCCGGUGGAAGGAGGGGCCUGCUAAGCGGCGCUGGGCGGGAGCAGACAGGCGCCUGGAGACGGCGGCACGUGGAGUCCUGGUUGCGCUCUGCCCCGGGCCUUGCUUGGCUGGUGCCGGACCUGUGGCCUCAGCGACGGGGCACCGAGAGGAUCUGUGUGCGGAAGCUAACGGACGGAGGCCCUGCUGAAGGCCGCAUAGCCCGAGAUCGCGGCGCCGGCUUUUCCGUGAGCGGGAGGCCCAGGCACACGCUUCCAGUCGCGGCGCAAUGGGGCCGAGAAAAAAUACAAAGCGAGUUCCAAAUUUUCGAAGGCUGCUGAAAACAAGUAAUGUUAAGCUUGCAAAUAAAUUGAAGAAUAAGCAAUAUAAGCAGGAAAAUGUGGCAAAGAAAUACAGGAAAGAACUGAAACAACUUCGGCAGGCUGCUCGAGAUGUUUCAGCUAAAGUACCAAAGCCAUUGGACCAGCCCAAAAGGAAAAGACCAGAUGAAGAGGAAGAAAUGGAUGAGGACUAUCUUCCUUUAGAUAUGCUGGGUGAGGACGACUUGGAAUAUAUGCAAAGUAUGGGCCAAAGUGCAUUUUUUCUCUCCAGAGAUCUUAAUUCAAGUGAACCAAUCCAUGUGAAAAGGAGAAAAAAUGAAAAUAAGGUAGAGCAGUACGAGAAAGUGCCAAGACACUUGGAUACUGAACCUAAAAAAGAACUUAUCCACUUACUGCCUUUUAAAGAUAAAGGAGGUAUCAUUCCUCGCUCAGUAGAAAAGCCUGUUGCAUUUGAGGUGGAGGAAGAGGAAGAAGGAAUGACUGAUGUAGUUCAACAACAUGAGGAAGUUGCUGCAGUGGAGCCUCUUCAAAUGUUGACCACAGAGGAGACAUUGCUGCUGAGAAGGAAGACUUUGGAAGAUAAAAAGAACCGCAUUGCCAGUUUGGCCUCGUCAAUUUUGACUGCACCAGAAAACAAUAUUAAACAGUUGAAGGAACUACGUGCAAUGUUAAUGGAAACUGAUCCGCAUGUUGCAGUAACAGUGAGAAAAUUGGUGAUGGUUUCUUUGUUAGAGGUCUUCAAAGAUAUCGCACCAUCAUACAGGAUACGGUCUUUAACUGAAGUUGAGAAGACAGCAAAGGUUAAAAAAGAAACUCAACAAUUAAGAGAAUUUGAAGAAGGCUUAGUGUGUCAGUACAAGUUUUAUUUGGAAAAUCUAGAACAGACUGUUAAAGAUUGGAAGCAGAUGAAGAAAAAGAAAAGUAAUGUUGUUUCAUUAAAAGCAUAUAAAGGCCUUGCAGAAGUGGCUAUCAAAUGUCUCUGUGAUUUGCUGGUGGCCUUACAACAUUUUAACUUCCAUAACAACAUUGCUGUGAUGAUUGUGCCACUUAUGAAUGACACUUCAAGGAAGAUUUCAGGGAUGUGUUGUGAAGCUGUGGAAAAUCUUUUUAAGCAGGACAAAAUUGGUCAAGCUUCACUUUGUGUGGUCAGGCUAAUUUCUGGUCUUGUUAAAAGUAGAAGCUAUGAGCUCAGGCCCGAGGUGCUGAAAACAUUUCUUACUUUGCGGAUUAAAGAAGUGGAAGUUAAAAAAGAUUCAGAAGACAUUGCCCCUAAAAAAAGAUUUUUGACAUGUAAAGAAAAGAGGAAAAAUCUGUCCAGGAUGCAGAGAAAGUGGAAAAAAGCAGAGGAGAAACUUGAGAAAGAACUUCUAGAAACAGAAGCUGCAGAAAGUAAAGACCGAAAACUAAAAUUGCACACUGAGAUCCUAAAUAUUGUCUUCUUGACGUACUUCAGGAUACUGAAGAAAGCACAGAAAUCCGUUGUUCUCCCUGCAGUUCUGGAGGGCCUUGCCAAAUUUGCACAUCUCAUUAAUGUGGAAUUCUUUGAUGAUCUUCUGGUAGUACUAUAUUCUCUCAUUGACUCUGGGAGCCUUAGUUACAGAGAGCGCCUUCACUGCAUUCAAGCUGCCUUUCGCAUUCUUUCUGGUCAAGGUGAUGUGCUGAAUAUUGACCCUAUGAAAUUCUACACUCACCUUUACAAAAUGUUAUUUGCACUACAUGCUGGAAACACGAAUGAAGAAGUUUUGAUUCUGCUGCAGUGUCUGGAUAUGAUGCUGACAAAACGCAGGAAGCAAGUUUCCCUGCAACGUACAUUGGCUUAUAUUAAACGUCUCACUACUCUGGCGCUUAAUGUUCUACCCAAUUCUGCCAUUGGCAUCUUAGCAACUAACGGAGUGUUAAUGAAUUCAUUUCCAAAGACAGAUAUUCUGCUCGAUAGUGAAUCUCAAGGUAGUGGACUUUAUCUGCCAGAGCUUGAUGAGCCUGAGUACUGCAAUGCACAGAGCACGGCUUUGUGGGAGUUACAUUAUCUCCAGAGACACUUUCAUCCAGUGGUGCAAAGGUUUGCAGCCUAUCUUAGUGUGGGUGCACCAUUAGAAGGCUCUGGAGCCUUGAGGGCAGAACUAAACAGAAAACAUGCUACUGAGCUUUUUGAAGAGUUCAGCAUGAAAACAAUGACCUUCAAUCCUCCAAUCACAUCUAUUACAUCAAACAAGAAGAAGUCAGCAAUGCAGGAUGGAUUCCUUGAUUCAGAGUUACAAAGUCAAAUAAAUCAGCUUCUUGGAAAUCCUUCCAACAUCGAUGAUCUCAAAUUUGCUGAAGAUUUGCAAACGCAGUUGUACACAUAGUGGUAAUUACUAAACAAAGAUUACAAGCAUAACUUGGAAUGCUAAAGAUAGAAGUGUGCUUUGCGGUUCUAGGUAAUUCAUGGCAUCCAUGGUGAAUGUAUAUAUGUAAACUUGUGAAUCUAAAGUAAUUCAGAUGAAAUAGAAAGAAUAUCAGGUUACAUGUAUAAACUGAAUUAUAUGGCAACUUUAGCUUUAUUUUUAUUGGACAGGUAAAGUAUAAUUGUGACAACAAAAAACUUAUUUUAUAUGGAUUAGUAUAAAAUUUCUUGCCUUUAAAAUGACAGUAACAUGUCAACAUGGACUGUAAACUUUGUAAUAUUCCAGAAUAUUGAGAUUGCUUUCAAAUAAUAAAUACUUGACAUAACCUUGAGCAAUGUUAUUUUCUACGCUCUGACAUCCUGAUGAUCUGAAAACCACUUGUUCUUAUAAUAUAACCUUAUAUUAUAAAUAUAUAACCUUGUUCUUUAUCCUAGCCUGAAACUUACCAUUCUAUGCUUCACUGCAGAAAUCACUUUUCAAAAUUGCAAAAUAGAUAAUUUACCUAACUUAGAGUACUUCUAUUCCAAUUUUGACUUGUCAUAAAAUGAAGUUAUUCUUCAAUUAUCAUUUCAAGUUUACUUUAUACAAGAUUGGUUACAUCACAAAAUUGGAGAACGAUUAGGUGCUUAUUGUCUAAUGGUGAGAAACACUUGUAUGAAAGCAAAUAAAUAGCAAUAAAUUGAAAAUGCUCCUUUGUAAAUGUUUCUGAUGGGUGAAAGUAACUGCAAUAAUUCAUGUUUUGCUACAUAACAGCUCUGUAAAGGCAGACUUGUCAUGCUGUAUAUUAAUUACUGUCCAGAAUAUUUUAAGAAAUGACAGCUGAUGAUAUGUACCUCAAAGACCAACUUAUGC